AUUUAAAAAAAACAACUAGAUGCCCGGAUUAGGAAAUGACGUCAGAGCAUCAGCGGGGCUCAAGAAGACUUGUCAGAUUCAGAAAGUGAGAGCCGCCGCCUGAUAAAAAUAUAUACAGGACCAGAAAUUAAUGAGAUAAAGACGUGUUUUAUUCUUUAGACUACCGUCAGCCAUUGACCUGAACGUUAUUUCUUCCAAUAAACCAUAGUUACUUUCAGUCUAGUCAAGCAGACGCCAUAUUGCAUUUUGAAUGUGUUGAGAUCGUAAGAUGGCCAAAAAGACCUACGAUCUUCUCUUCAAGUUACUGCUCAUCGGAGACUCUGGUGUGGGAAAAACGUGCCUGCUAUUUCGAUUUUCCGACGAUGCGUUCAAUACUACAUUUAUCUCCACUAUAGGAAUUGAUUUUAAAAUUAAGACUGUGGAACUAGGUGGGAAGAAAAUCAAGUUACAAAUCUGGGACACAGCAGGACAGGAGCGAUUCCACACCAUCACCACAUCUUAUUACCGUGGUGCUAUGGGUAUUAUGCUGGUGUACGAUAUCACCAAUGCUAAGACUUUUGAAAACAUCUCUAAGUGGCUCAGAAACAUUGAUGAGCAUGCCAAUGAAGAUGUUGAAAAAAUGAUACUGGGUAAUAAGUGUGACAUGGAAGACAAACGACAGGUGGCUAACAGCCGCGGAGAAGCCAUUGCAAAAGAACACUGCAUUCCUUUCCUGGAAACCAGUGCAAAAGCCAAUAUAAAUGUGGAAAAGGCAUUCAUGGACUUGGCUCAGGCAAUUUUGAAUAAGACACCAGGUCGAGUGUCAGAUCCAGGAGGAGUGGAUGUGAGUAGUAAAGAGCCUAGCUCCAGGAAGUGUUGUUAAUAUUUUUGCAAACACGCACUCAAACUCGUACACACAUAUAUCAAACACUGCAUCAUUGCGUUCCAUGCCUCUUGACUGUGUACAGAAAAAAAAACAUGAUGUCCAGUUUCUCCCCAAAUUUUUUCACAAAAGCCUGUUCAUCAUUCAACAAGAGAGCCCCAGCUUAGAUCAUUUGUGCUGCUGCCUGAAAAGCUGUCUUCACUGCAUUUUGGUUCCCCAAGGAAUGAAACAAGAAUUGUGGCUGUUUUAAAAUGUCAUGCUGACCAGCAGGAAUGAAGCAAAACAUUGGACUGUGAUCAUUGUAGACAUCCUUUCUUCCUUCCUUCUUCCAGCUUGCCUUUCCCUUGUCACCAAACUCCAAUUUUGCUCAGUCCUAAUUUACCUUACACUGCAUAUGACAGGAAUUCAAGAAAGUUAAAUUUGAUUAACAGCUUUUCUUAAGUCAUGGCAGGUAUAACGCCCAUGUUGUAUGUUUGUGAGCAUGCAUUAAUUAAUGAAAUAAUUUAUGAUCUGACUGUACGUGGUGGUCCAUUGGGCACAUGAUAAAUAAGAAAUUGAAAGCAGAAAUGUGGAUUGAAGGGUGGGUAGGGAGGGUUUUUUGUUCCAAUUUUUUUUAUUAACAUGAAUUUUGAUUGUCUUUUAGAACACAGACUUGAUAUUCAUUUGGUAGAGAACAUUUUAAUGAUUCCUUUUGUAACCAUUUGCACUCUUCAGUACAGAAGAUCUAUAACCAAGCAAGUACUAUAGAGUCAAUAAGCACUAAGAUAAUUUGCUAAUCAUCUGUUUAUGAUCUCUGUUACUUCAAAGACCUCAGUUUUAAGUUUAAAAUCAAUUCUGUCUUUUACUGGAAAAAAUUAUUGCCUUUUGAAACGGAUAUAGCUGUUGGACUAAUAAAAACAAGACAUGAUAAUUAUGUAAACAGACUUUUGAAUAUCUUCACAUGAUUGUUACCAGUUACUUGUACACUUGCACGACAGUAUGCUUCAGAAAUAUGUAAAAUGUUGCUGCUGUUUGGCCUGUUUUGCAUCUGCUCAUACUGUGGGUUGUAUGGUUAUCCCUUGCAUGGUUUCACAGCAGAGUGUACAUUUGUGUGUUAUAGGUUUAUGCAUAUUGUUUCUGUCUGUUGAUCUUUUUCCUGACCAUGUAGAUGUAUAGGCUUGGGUACAUUCUUUUUGUUUUGUAACUUUUGAGUGGAGAAUCUUUGUCAGAGAAUUAAUUUUUGUUUUUAUGUUAAUGCUGAUACAAACUGCCCCCACAAGGCAUCAGUCAGCAGAAAAUCGGCUAUAUUAGUUUUCGUGUUGAGUUCAUAUGUGAAUAUGAGCUGAAUUGAGCCCUACGCAUUAUAAAUGAAAUGGCAUCGUUUAUCAUAUGCACUCAUGUGCUUUCCAUAUUUCAGAAAUGAACUGGUGUCUCAGUCUUAAAUGUAAAGCUAAGCAUCCUUUAAUAAAAGAUCUCUUCUAAAGUGUAGAACUGUAAUAAAAGUUUUCAAUACGUUCUAUUUUGGAUAGGUUGGGCUGCUGUAGAAGAUGAAAGACAUUUGUUGUGAUGGUUUUGUCCCCCAUUUUGUAAAGAUAAGUGUUUUGGGUACAGUGAUGUCUGAUAUGCAAUAUUUGUAGGCUUAAGAAUGCCUAUAGGUUGUUUUGCUUGUGUUUUUUUUUAAGUGGACGAAGGGCAGGUGCACUUGUAAGGUUUGUUUGAAAGAUAUCCUAAGUGUGAGUAAUGUGUAAAAGGGGUUUUUUUUUUAAUGGAGACUGUAGCCAUUUUUUUUUUGUUGGUUGUUGAAAAGUAAUAAAUCACUUUUACCGAGUUGGAACAUUUUCAUAAUUUACACACACAUACAUUUACAUUCACCAAAUACCUUUCUUAGAGUGUAAGAAAGUGCAGUCUUUCAGACAAAUAGAUGAAAUUGAUUUAUUGAAAUUGUGAUGGAAAAUUUGUUCCAGGUGCAUUUAAACUUAAAAGUUCUCUGCUUAUGCUGCACCUGUUUUGAACAUUUCUUCUUCUUAAAUAAUUUCUCCAAAAAUAACCUAACAUUUUUUCAGUCUGUGGUAUCUGUGCUGUUGGAUCAGUUGUCAUUUAUUAUGUGAACAUUGAAAUUAGAAGACUGUUCUAGCCCAAGGUUCAAACUUGGCAGAUUACUAAAACUAGAUAUGUUUAUAACUCUACAAAAAACAAAAGCAGGUUUAUGGUCAAUACAGUUUAUCUUGCUUACUAUGAUUUUAUUCUGAAGAAAACCAAUAACAAUAUUCAAUGUUUAUGUCAUGCCAUCUUCAGCAGAAUAGCUGCCUUAAAAAAACCUGACUACACAUGUGAAGCACAGAAGUCUUAUUGAUGAUGAUGAAAUAUGAAUUAAGUUUUAACUGUUUGGCUAAGGUUUUUGAUCUCUCUCUUUAGCAAGGGAGAUUGUGGACAUUAUUAUGACAAGAUAUGAUGAUGACUCCCCCAAAAAAAUAUAUAUUAAAAAAGUGUAUUGCAGGAGUCAAUCAGUAAAGCUGUAAUUAUUACUUUGAUGGUUUAAUUUGGUUUGAUGAUGAAAGUAAAGUGCUGGAAACCCCAGCAACACAUGAGGAUUUUAUGUUAAUAUAUUUUUUUUUAGAUUAAAAUGUGGCAUCGGCAUUUGUGCAUUUUUGACCAGUUAGGGUUUAAUAAAAUGUUUAAAACUACUGUUAAAGACAUUUUUCAGGUCUUAAAUAAAUAUAUCAAACAGAUGCUUGAAAAUGAUGCAACUGCAUAAAGCCAGUGAAGACUAAUUUGCAGUUUUGUUAAAAAACCUAUAAAGGUGUGCAUCCUUCUGUUAUAUUUUUUGCCAUAAAUCUGUCUUGAUCUUGCUGUUCAUUUAAAGUUCUACAAAGUUAUCUGCAUCUAUUUACUCUAGGGUGUUCCUGGCACAUGAGGUUUUCUGUUGCCAUCUUUUCCAUAAAAAUACGGAACAGCAAAAUAAAGACUUGAUAGAAUGAGGAAAGAUACAGAAACAUCGGUUGAAAACAUGAUACAAAAAUAAAUGUUUUGUUUACAAAUUUUUUAGAACUCGGUUACUUUCCCAUUGAACUCCAGGUCAGAAGGACUGCUCUGCUUGAACAUAAAUGGCAAGGGAAGAAAACUAACUCCUGAUCAAUACAAAUUCAAAAAUGUUCUGUUGCACAUGAUGCAUCUGGCGCUAAUUUAGUGAAGUGUCUGAAUUGUCCUGUGAUAUUUGCUCAUUUGUGCUUUGUGUUCACACUUGUCAUGAAAGAAUUUGUCAGUUCAUUAUUUCAUGUUUUAUGAAAGUAUGGGUUCAAAAAGGCUUGUGUUCAUUGGAGGGUAGAUGUGUACUUUGCACUUGGGUGUCUAAACAAGGGCUAUUAUUUGGAGUUGAAUCAUUUACCUGGUGAUGAACUAAAUAAAAAGGGAAGAAUCAAGUACAGAGGCUCAAAAUUAAAAGAUUGUAAUUGCUUUUCUUUUUUUUUAUUUUAAGGAUAGUCCACUAGGGGGCAGUCCAAAGUAGAUGGAUGUUUGAUAAUAUAAUGGCUGGCAAAAUUUUAACUUGUGUUCAGGAAUGAACAUUUCUUUUGAAAAUUUACAUUUAUAACCCACCCAUCCUGUCCACAGAUAAAGAAACAAUUAUUUUGUUGUUCAUUCUGGAAAUGUAUCUAAGUUCAUUGAUGCAGCAGUCUUAUAAAUUUGUUUCGUCGGAGACAAAGCUUCAACAUAUUUUUGCUGCAGCAUUUUUAGUCCAUUAUUUUCAUGUGAAGGAUUUUUGUAAUAUUGGUUUCACCAGGGUGUGAACUUCAUAUUAUGGCUUUUGUCCAUCUUCUUUGGCAAGUGACUCACCUUUUGCCCUUGUAAAAGGGUGGAGAGAAUUAGAUACAAGUAUAAUUGGAUUCUGAAGGAGAAAAAAAUUUGCUGCAAGUUUAGUGAGGCUGUGGUUUGUAAAUCUUUAGUACUGUUUAGGACUUCCUUAUCGUAUACGAUCUUAAGCCCCAGUGUUAAUGUAGAGAAUAUAGUAAAAGUUGUUAAAUAUUACACUAAACACGUAGCAUGUAACAGUAAAUGAGUUUUUUGCUCGGGUUAAUGAACUAGUUCCAGUUUUUGACCGUAGUUGAUCAUGACCUCUAGUUACUGUCAUUUGGUAUAAUAGUGACUGCUAUUAUGCAGUUAAAAAUUACGUUAAUUUUCAACAUUUCAUGGGUCGAAUGUUUACAUAACUUGCAUUUUCCAGAAAUCAGAACUUAAAAGCAUCAAUUAAGACUGGUUUGUGAUAAUUAUUCAGCAAACUUUUCUCCCUCCAGGUGUCACAUUUUAUAUGGUUUUAUGCAUUUUCAGUGGGAUUACUUUAACAUUUUCCCCUUGCUUGGUGGAAUUUCUUUUAUCUACAUAAAGAACUGCUUUCUAGUGCUUUGAAAAACAGCCCAUAGGAUUUGGUUGUUACAAUGUUUUAUUUCUGUACAUUUGUGUUUUUUCCCUUUAGCUUCAGCAUGGGUUAUUGUACAUAAAACAUGUAAACACUGUUUCUUUUGUGUUGUGGAUCAUUAUGUAUAAUAUGCUGCAUACAAUGGCUUUUGCUGAAGUGAUCUGUUUGCUCUGGUGAGAUAGGUAAAGUAAUAAAAUUCCAGUCUGAAGUAGUGUUUGAUGCAAACUUGGCAACCAGGAAGAUAGACCAUCAAGUGUGAUUCAUGCCAGCAACAUUUGGCAUACUCCAUUUAAGAGCCUGAACUUCCUGCAUAUUAAUUAGCAUUAUCUUCAGACCUUUUGCAUAAAUAGGUCAACCCCCUUCUGCUUCCUUCAUUUACUUACACAUAUUUUAGAUGUAGUGAUAUGAAUUUGCAUGGUAGAAUUAACAACAGUGUGCAAAUAAAUGGCAAAUGAGCUGUAGAGCAGUAUCAGUUUUUUUCCAAUGUUUUAAAGAAUAUCAUGAGCACUGCUAAAGGGAGAAAACUGUGCCUGACAAGAGUUCUCUUUCCUCUAAAAUUUAAAAAAUAUUUAGGGCUGUUCCCGUAAAGCACUCAGGUUCAACUGCACUUUUUACUUUUUACGUAGGGAAUAUUUUUAUGCCUCUCUGCCUUCAGUGAUGUAAUAUGAGAAAUUCUUACACCAUGAAUAAUUUCUCAAUAGUCCGUGAUAUUCAUCAUGAGAUUAACGUGUAAUACGUUAAUGGUUUGCAAUGUUUUACUUGCUGCCUCUUGGUACUGUAAGUUUUGCUGCAUAUUGUGAACUUUAGGAUGGCUCAAAAGGUUUAGGGUUGCUUUAGUUAGCUUUAUGUUGUACAGGAUCCUAAAUAUAAAGAAAAAAAUAUACAGCAUUAAACUUGGUCGUGUGUUUUUGAACUUGAUGAUAAAGCUGCCUAAUAUAACUUAAUUCUAAAUAAACUACCCUCUUCCUCUAAACUUGAAUAUAAAAAUCUUUGUAUUCUUCGGCAUUAGAUAAUAUGAAAUUUUGGGUUGGCCGAUAUCUAACGAUAGCUUUUACAAUUGGAUAACCUUCUACUUUAAAACGGUUGCAUUCAAAUGAAAAUCCAUAUGCUACACAAAAUCAUUAAACUAAAAAAAAAAAACAAAACAAAAUGGAACAUUCAAUGAGAGUACUUAAAACAUGUUUUAUACCAGAUAAGCUGUGACGAUUCCAUUCGUGCUUAGCAAACUUCAUGUUUUUAAAAUGUGGCUGUCUCUUACAACAUGAAUAAUCUAAAUGUGUAAAUUCUUAACCUUAAUACCAGUGCAUAACUAAACUGAAAAAUGCCAGUUCAUACCAAAAUAAAUUUUUUUAAAGAUAUUAGGGGCUUAAUUAUCUCCCAGCAUAAAAACUUUAGCCAGUGACAUGAAAAUAUUCCAGACACCUCCAAGUACCUGUCUAGUCUGCAGAUGUGUUGGUACUUUUCAUCAGAACUGAACAUGCUGUUAUAUUGCUGGUCUUUUUGUUCGUUUCUUUUUUUUUUAUUUUAUUUUUUUUUUAACAUGUAGAAACAGGUUAGAGGUAGGUCUCAUCUUUUACUGAUAACAUUAAAACACUUCAGUUUUCAGUAUCCUAAUUAUUGGUAAGUGGUAGGGGAUCUGUUUUUAUUGCAACUUUUUUUAGAAAAGAGGUUAGGCUAACUGGCUUUGUACUCCUUUCAAUAUGGAGCAUGUUUGUUUUUAUUUAAAGACAAACUUGCAAGAAAUUAUUGGAAAUUAUGUAAUUCCAGACAAUGGUUCUUGGAAGUUUAAAUCUUGAGUGAUGAUCCAUUUUGUCCAUGAAUGAAAAAUGUUAGAGUCCUUUGAACAAAUGACCCUGAGGAAUCUUUGUUUCUCUGAAAGACUAGAAUGACUGUAUCUGUAAUGCUUGUAACAGAUUGAGUUGGUAAUUUUUAUGCUGAAAACAUGCAUGAAUGUAAGUUCAUACAGACCAAUAAAGAAAAUAUUCUGUGUAAAAUAG